AUGUCGGAAGCUCUUAUUUCUGGAGUUUUGGCUGACGGAACACCAAUCAUCAGUGGAUCUACCGGAGUGGAAGGUCAUGAGACACUCCUAACAUCCACCCCAGCUAUUCACCAUGUCAGCAGUUUCAACCAAUUCCAAGCUGAAAGUUGGGACGGUGAACACGCUGAACAUGAGCAUGAGGAUCCAGAAGGAGCCGCGCGACGUUUCUCAAUCUAUUUGGAGCAAGAGGCGGGAUCAGCUCACCACAACAAUGAUGAUGAGGAGGCCACGCCCAUCGCGUCGAGCGCGCAAUUCGAACCCAGAGCCAGAUCAGCAUCUCUGGCUGCCGCUUUAUUGGAACUCGAUCCACGCGGUGUUCCACUUGUACAAUUCUUCAAACUCGCCACACAUCAACCACUUUUGGAAAUCGACGAGGACGACGAAGAGGUUGAGCCAGGAGAGGCGGAGCAUAUUUUGGCUCGGCUUUUAUUCACUUUGAAGAUGGUUGACGCGGAUAAGCAUUCAAGCGCUGUUCAACGUCUCCGCGAACUCGAAGAAGAACUUCGACAAGCCGGCGCUGUUACCCCAGCCGAUCCAGCGGUUUCGGAUGCGGUCGCACGAGCUUUAGCGGUCGCCGGAGCUGGGCGAGAUGUACAAAUUCGUGUGAACCAAAGCAAACACACAACCACCACUAAAACCGUCUACGAAACUGAAACUCCCGGAAUGGCAUCGAUGGAUAGCGAUCAAAUUCGCGCACUUCAACAACAAAUUCUCGCCGAUAUUUGUACGUAGAUCUAUUUUUCUCUGAUAUCUCUCUCUCUCUCUCUCUAACCGUGUGCCAAACAACAUCAAGGAAAACUUCUAAAUUCUCUCAACAAUUUUUUUUCCAGCAUCCCAAGAACAUUCCGACUCUGGAACAACUCAGAAGAAAGAGACUGCCGAAGAAGGAUUCACCAAUGAGGACGGAUCAGUUGUUGUAUCCAAGAAGAUGACUCGUGUCGUCACAACAACUCGCACCACACUUCCAGGUAAUUUUUUUUGUGUCUACCACAUUUUUGUUGACAAUUUCGAAAGUUUUUCGAUCGAUAAGUCAAAUAACGGGGAAUUUAGAGAGAGAGAGAGAGAGAGUGAGAGAGCCAGGAUAUUACACAUUUUGACAUGGGGGAGCUUAUGUUGAACACACAACAAAACGAUUGAGCAAAAGAUGAGAGAAGAAAAAAAGAGCACACGAGAAAAACAUGCACUUUUCAAAAAAAAAAUUCAAAUUUUUUUUGCAGGCGAAUCAACCGACAUUGUCAGUGGCCACGAACAAUCAGCACCUGGUCAGUAAAUCUCCACGUCACGGACUGUUCUUUUUUUCUCUGCUUCUCUCGCUCUCUCUUUCUCUCGUUUUUUGAUAUAAUAGAACACAAAUAAACUUCGAGUAAAAUAAAAAUUCAAAGAAAAAAAAUUUGAAAAAUUAUUAUGUUGUUUGUUGUUGCACCGAAACAUGGUUUUUUGUUGUUGGUUCAUUUUUUGUUGUGGUGAAAAUUCAGGUUUUGGGAUCGAUUUUCAGAGAUGCUCGAGGAUUUUCAGAUUUUUUUGGCGACAAAUUUUCAGAUUUUUUGCAUGUUAAUAUUUUCGUUGUAAGGUCGUUCGGAAUUGGAAAAUUGCAUUUUCAGUUUGCUUUUGGUUUUGCACUUUUUUGAGUUAGAGAAAGUAUUUUGCACAUCACCUUAAAUUUUAAAAAAAAAUUUCAAUUUUUCAAGGCGCAGGGUGCCACCUAGCAAAAAUCUCUGUUUUCUUUUUAAAAUCCUCAGUCCGUGACGUGUCUCUUAACGUAAAUGUCUACAACCAAAACAAUCCAAUCUUAUUGCAGAUUCACCAGUCGAAUCGCUCGGAUCUGUUAAAGAUCGAAUCGCAAAGUUCGAAGCUGAAUCAGCAUCCUCAUCUCAUCUUUCUACCGUUGGAAUUGUCGUCACUCCACACACUCCAAUUCCAUCCGAUCGAGAAGAAGACGAGGAAGAUCAACACGUUGAAUCAGACGAUCAAACAUCGAAACACGCUGAAUUGAAAGAUACUCGAGAAUUUGAUCAAGAUGAAGAAUUAGCCGGAGAGUUACAACCAUCUGAAGAGCAUGUUGCAAAAGCUGAGAUCAAGGAUAUCAAAUCGUAUUCACCAACAUCGUCGGAAGGUGCUAUGAGUCCUUCUGAACAUAUUCAUCAAGUUGCUGAAACUUUCGAGAAACAUGAAAGUGAACUCGAACAUUCGAUUGAACCAGUGUAUAGUGGACACGAUUCAAUUGAUGAACAAACUUCACCAAUUGUCUCAGAAAAACCAAUAACUCAAGAAUAUGCUGAAAGUGUAACUUCAGAAUUGUCAUCUCGACUUGCUGAGUCACCAGUUCCAUCUGAAAAAUCGGUCCAACCAACUGUUGAAAGUUUCACAACCAGUUCGACUACAGUGGUUUCUGAGUCACCCAUUGCUGCUCAAAGAUCAACUGUGAUUUUGGAGCAAGAACAUCCAGUGGCUGCUCAGAGAUCGGAAUCACCUGCUUUCGAAACCACAACAUCAACAACAGUAACUCGAGAAUAUUAUACUGAACCAGAAUCACCUGUUCAACCCGAAACAUCUACAGAAGUUCCCGUACCAUCACAUAGAUCAAGCAUCGCUGAAUCUUCUCCUCAAAUCCAACAAGAUCCUGAAGAAUCUGAUGAUGAUAACAAAUUUGGAGACAAACUUCUUGGAUUCGCAAAGAAAGCUGGAAUGGUUGCUGGUGGAGUUAUUGCAGCUCCAGUUGCUCUUGCUGCCAUCGGAGCAAAAACAGCUUAUGAUAAAUUGAAACGAGAUUCUGAAGAUGAAGAAGAUCAAGGUGAAACAUCGAGCCAAUUUGAAUCAACGAAACGUCCGUCGAUUCAAGCAGAAGAUCCAAGUUUCACAACAAUUGGAUCCGAUUCACCAGCUCCAUCAGAGCGAAGUGUUAUCAAACCAUCAGACUCAAUUGAAUCUCCAGUUCAAGGUGAAGAAUCAGAUAUUGCUGCACAAAGUUCUGGAUCACCAGUUCCAUCAGAAUCUGAACAUCCACACAUCAUUGAAACGGUAACAACCACAACUAUAACUCGUGAAUAUGAAUCUGAACCACAAUCUGAAAUUACUGAAGGAAGAUUCGAACAAUCUGAAUCUCCAGUCCCGUCUGAGAAAUCGAGUGUUCAACAAUCAGCUGGAUCUCCAAUUCCAUCAGAGAAAUCGAGACCUGAAUCCCCAAGCCACGAUGAUCAAUCACAAAUUGUCGAAACAACCACUACUACUGUUGUCAGAGAAUAUUUCGAUGAGCCAGAAACAACUGCUCAACGAGAAUCUCCAGUUCCAUCGGAGAAAUCAAGCGUGGAUCAAUCUGUAGGAUCCCCAGUUCCAUCUGAAUCUGAACAUCCACAUGUGAUUGAAACGACCACAACAACAACUGUAACUCGUGAAAUUUUUGACGAACCACAACAGGAUUCUGAUAGUCAAUCACCUGUUCCAUCUGAGAAAUCGAGUAUUCAACAAAGAGCCGAAUCACCAGUUCAAUCAGAAUCUGAACAUCCACAUGUGAUUGAAACAAUCACAACAACAACUGUUACUCGUGAAUAUGAAGAUGAACCAGAGCACCGAUUCGAGAGAUCUGCGUCACCAGUACCAUCAGAAAAAUCGCAAUCAUCAGUUGCUGCUCGAGUUGAAUCACCAGUUCCAUCGGAAAGAUCUAGUGUUCAGCAAUCAGCUGGAUCUCCAAUUCCAUCAGAAAAAUCAAGACCUGAAUCACCAAUUCAUGAGGAAGAACCACAUAUUGUUGAAACAACCACAACUACCACCGUAGUUCGAGAAUAUUUUGAAGAACCAGAACAAAUUUCUGAUCGUCAAUCACCAGUUCCAUCAGAAAAAUCAAGUAUCCAACAAUCAGCUGGAUUCCCAGUUCCAUCAGAGUCAGAACAUCCACAAGUUAUCGAAACAACCACAACCACAACUGUUACUCGCGAAAUUUUCGAUGAACCAGAACAAGCUGAACGAGAUUCACCGGUGCCUUCUGAAAAAUCCAGUAUUCAACAAUCUGCAGGAUCUCCAAUUCCAUCAGAGAAAUCAAGAGCUGACUCACCAAGCCAUGAAUAUGAACCACACAUUGUGGAAACUACAACAACCACAACUAUUACUCGUGAAUUCUUCGAUGAACCAGAAUCUCCAGUUGCUGAACAUCAAUUCGAAAGAUCUGCGUCACCAGUUCUAUCUGAAAAAUCACACUCAUCCGUUGCUGCUCACCCUGAAUCACCAAUUCCAUCAGAGAAAUCGAGAGCCGAAUCCCCGAUUCAUGAUGACCAAUCACAUAUUGUUGAGACAACGACUACUACCACCGUUGUUCGAGAAUAUCUUGAUGAACCAGAACAAAUUUCUGAGAGCCAAUCUCCAGUUCCAUCGGAAAAAUCAAGUAUUCAACAAUCAACUGGAUCCCCAGUUCCAUCUGAGUCAGAACAUCCACAUGUGACUGAAACAACCACAACUACAACUGUAACUCGCGAAUAUUUCGAUGAACCUCAAUCACUCACUUCUGCUCAACAAGAAUCUACUGCGCCCGUUGGUGUUGAAAAACUCGAAACAACUGAAACUUCAAUCUCUCAACAACAGGAUUAUGACAAUCAAUCCGAACCAAUAAUUUCUGGAGUUUUAGCAGAUGGAACUCCAAUAAUUAGUGGAUCAACUGGAGGUUCUCUAGAAAAUUUGGCCGACGAACCAAGAAAUAUUCAAGAACCUCUUUCGCAACAUCGAGAGGAAUUCUCGCAACAUCAAGAAUAUCCAGCAGGAGAAUAUCAUUCGGAACAACCAGAAGAGGAAGAAUCCAAGUUUGGAGACAAACUUCUUGGAUUCGCAAAGAAAGCUGGAAUGGUUGCUGGUGGAGUUAUUGCAGCUCCAGUUGCUCUUGCUGCCAUCGGAGCAAAAACAGCUUAUGGUAAAUUGAAACGAGAUUCUGAUGACGAAGAAGAUCAAGGUGAACCAUCGACACAAGAGGCUACAGAUCCAUUACUUCAAUCAGUCUACGAAAAACAUGACUCGCCAGUUCAAGAAGAGCAAAAGUUCAUUUCUGAAUCUCCAGUUCCAUCGGAGAAAUCAAGUAUUCAACAAUCAGCUGAAUCUCCAAUUUUAUCAGAAAGAUCGAGCAUCCAACACUUGCCAGAAUCUCCAGUUCCAUCUGAAAGUGAACAUUCACAAUUUGUUAAAACAACAACUACAACUACGAUAACUCGGGAACACUUUGAUGAAGAACCAAUCAAGGCUGAUUCCCCAGUUGAAUUCGAGAAAUCAGUGAUCGAGUCAUCAGAAUAUGAAGAAGAACCAACUCGAGUAAUCGAAACAACCACUACAACUACAACAACUCGCGAAUAUUUUGAUGAACAUGAAUCGCCAGUUCCAUCUGAAUCAGAACAUCCACAUGUGAUUGAAACAAUCACAACAACUGUAACUCGCGAAUAUGAAGUUGAACCAGAGCACCGAUUCGAGAGAUCUGCGUCACCAGUACCAUCAGAAAAAUCUCAAUCAGCAGUUGCUGCUCGAGUCGAAUCACCAGUUCCAUCGGAAAGAUCUAGUGUUCAACAAUCAGCUGGAUCUCCAAUUCCAUCAGAGAAAUCAAGACCGGAAUCACCAAUUCAUGAUGAUCAAUCACAUAUUAUUGAGACAACGACAACUACCACCGUUGUUCGAGAAUAUUUUGAAGAACCAGAACAAAUUUCUGAACGCCAAUCACCAGUUCCAUCGGAGAAAUCAGGCAUUCAACAAUCAGCUGAAUCUCCAAUUCAAUCAGAGAAAUCGAGACCUGAAUCACCAAGCCAUGAUGAAUCACAUAUUGUUGAGACCACGACAACUACCACCGUUGUUCGAGAAUAUUUUGAAGAACCAGAACAAAUUUCUGAACGCCAAUCACCAGUUCCAUCGGAGAAAUCAGGCAUUCAACAAUCAGCUGAAUCUCCAAUUCAAUCAGAGAAAUCGAGACCUGAAUCACCAAGCCAUGAUGAAUCACAUAUUGUUGAGACCACGACAACUACCACCGUUGUUCGAGAAUAUUUUGAAGAACCAGAACAAAUUUCUGAACGCCAAUCACCAGUUCCAUCGGAGAAAUCAGGCAUUCAACAAUCAGCUGAAUCUCCAAUUCAAUCAGAGAAAUCGAGACCUGAAUCACCAAGCCAUGAUGAAUCACAUAUUGUUGAGACCACGACAACUACCACCGUUGUUCGAGAAUAUUUUGAAGAACCAGAACAAAUUUCUGAACGUCAAUCUCCAGUUCCAUCGGAAAAAUCAAGCGUUCAUCAAUCUGUAGGAUCACCAGUUCCAUCAGAGUCAGAACAUCCACAUGUGACUGAAACAACCACAACUACAACUGUAACUCGUGAAUUCUUUGACGAACCAGAACAAGCUUCUGACAGACAAUCGCCUGUUCCUUCGGAGAGAUAUAGUGUUCAACAAUCAGCUGGAUCUCCAGUGCCGUCUGAAAAAUCGAGAGCUGAAUCACCAAUUCAUGAUGAUGAACCACACAUUGUGGAAACAACAACAACCACAACUGUAACUCGUGAAUUCUUUGACGAACCAGAAUCUCCAGUUGCUGAGCAACGAUUCGAAAGAUCUGUGUCACCAGUUCUAUCUGAAAAAUCACAUUCAUCCGUUGCUGCUCACCCUGAAUCUCCAGUUCCAUCUGAGAAAUCAAGUAUUCAGCAAUCAUUGGAAUCUCCAGUUCCGUCUGAAGCUGAACAAGCUCAUGUAAUCGAAACAACUACAACCACAACUCGCGAAUAUUUUGAUGAGCCAGAAGCUGAACGAGAAUCACCAGUUCCAUCAGACAAAUCAGAAGCACCAGUCGAAGAUGUUGUGAGAACAACAACAAUCACACAAAGAUUCUACGAAGGUGAAGACGAACCAGUUCCAGUUUACAGAACAUUCACAGUGACUCAAGGACAAGAAUCAGAUAGUGAAGGAGAAGAAUCAGGUAUAAAAGCUACCACUACAACAACUGUAACCAGACAAUUAGAAGAUCAUGGAGAUGAUACUUCACAUAUUGUGGAGUUAACGGAGACAACAACUGUUUAUGAAAGUGUUAGAGAUUCUAGACCAUCUGGGGAGUAUCGCCAUGAAUCACCAACAAGAUCAACACUUCUCGGAAAUCUAUCUGGAGAAGAAGAAGAUGAUGAGCCAUCCGAAUCAUCCAAAUUGUUAGGUCAAACAGAUCCAAUGUCUGAUCGUGAAUUUGCUCAAGUCAUCAAGCAUAGCACAUCAACAGAUGAACCAACUGUAGAUCCACCAGCCUAUGAAUCCGAAACUACUCAAGAAGAACCCGAAGGAUCCAAAUUCGGUGAUAAACUUCUUGGAUUCGCAAAGAAAGCUGGAAUGGUUGCUGGUGGAGUUAUUGCAGCUCCAGUUGCUCUUGCUGCCAUCGGAGCCAAGACUGCCUAUGAUAAAUUGAAGCGAGAUUCUGAAGAUGAAGAAGAACAAGGUGAACCAGAGGCUUCUGAUCCAUUACUUCAAUCAGUCUAUGAGAAACAUGAUUCACCAGUUCAAGAAGAGCAAAAGUUCAUUUCUGAAUCUCCAGUUCCAUCAGAAAAAUCAAGUGUUCAACAAUCAGCUGGAUCACCAGAUCUAUCAGAAAGAUCUAGCAUUCAACACUUGCCAGAAUCUCCAAUUCAAGAACAAGAAGAGCGCAAAUUCACUUCUGAAUCCCCAGCUCCGUCUGAAAAAUCAAGUGUUCAACAAUUUUCUGAAUCUCCAAUUCCAUCAGAAAGAUCAAGUGUCCAACAUUUACCGGAAUCACCAAUCCCAUCUGAAAACGUCGAAAUUUUAUCACAAUUCGAUGAAGAACAUCCACCACACAUAAUUGAAACAACAACAACCACAACAGUGACAAGAGAGUUCUACGAAGAUUCUGAAGAAAAUAUUGAUGAGCCGCUCGCUGAGCAACAACCAUAUGAUAUUGAAACAUCCACUACAACAACUGUGAAAACAGAAGUUGAGGAAGAUGAACCAGAUAUGGAAACAAAAACAACUAUUGUGAAAAGAGAAUUCGAAGAUUUUGAAGAGGAAACACCAGAACAUGUGGUCGAGACAAUCACAACAACCACAAUUACUCGAGAACUUGAUCCAUCUCAUGAUUUCCCGGAUUCAACUCAAGUUGAGGAAGAAGAUCCAACAACAAUCACAACAGUUCAUCGAGAAAUAUUUGAUGAAAAUGAAGAAUCAAGCGAUAAUGAAGAGCCAGAACAUGUGACUGUCACUACAACUUCUGUUGUGAGUGAAUCAGAAGACAAAAAAGAACCUGUUGAAUUCAAUCUUCAAUCAACCGGAAAAUCUCAAGAUGUUUCCGAAUAUCAAUUCGAACAAGAUGAAGAAGAAUCGCAAACAUAUUCUGAAUUACCAGAAAAUCCAGAAGAUAUCAAAUCGAGCUUGGAUACAACUGAACUAACACAAGACCAGGACUAUCCAACAUCAGAUAUCAAAGAACAACAUCGUGAAAAAUCGGUUCCAUCAAGCCUUCAACAAUCAUCCGAAAAAUUGUGGGAGCCAGAAUCUCCUGUGAGAUCUGAAUUCGUUGCUUCAGACGAUGUUCCUCAAUCCGCUGAAAACAUCCAUCAAGAAUUCCAGCACCAGCCCGAAACCGAGAAAACUGAAACAACAACUACAACCACUCAUGCACAUUUCGAUGAUCAAGAAUCUCCACGGUCUCCCAGAAGUUCUUUGAUUUCAUCCGAAAGAGAUCAAUUCGCUGAUGUUUCCCAACAUCAAGAAUAUCCAGCUGGAGAAUAUCAUUCAGAAUAUCCAGAGGAGCCAGAAGAGUCCAAGUUUGGAGACAAACUUCUUGGAUUCGCAAAGAAAGCUGGAAUGGUUGCUGGUGGAGUUAUUGCAGCUCCAGUUGCUCUUGCUGCCAUCGGAGCCAAGACUGCUUAUGAUAAAUUGAAGCGAGAUUCUGACGAUGAAGAAGAACAAGGUGAACCAGAGGCUUCUGAUCCAUUACUUCAAUCAGUCUACGAAAAACAUGAUUCACCAGUUCAAGAAGAGCAAAAGUUCAUUUCUGAAUCUCCAGUUCCAUCGGAGAAAUCAAGUAUUCAUCAAUCAGCUGGAUCUCCAAUUCUAUCAGAAAGAUCGAGCAUCCAACACUUACCAGAAUCUCCAGUUCCAUCUGAAAGUGAACAUCCACAAAUUCUAGAAACAACAACUACAACUACGAUAACUCGAAAACAUUUUGAUGAAGAACCAAUCAAGGCUGAUUCCCCAGUUGAAUUCGAAAAAUCAGUCAUCGAAUCAUCAAGUUAUGAAGAGAAAUAUGAUCGAGAACCUUCGGCUGAGGAUCAACAAUUGGAAAGAUCUGCGUCGCCAGUUCCAUCAGAAAAAUCGCAAUCGUCGAUUUCUGCUAGAGUUGAAUCACCGGUACCAUCCGAAAAAUCUAGUAUUCAACAAUCUGCAGGAUCUCCAAUUCCAUCAGAGAAAUCGAGAGCUGAAUCACCAAGCCAUGAAGAUAAACAUAUUAUUGAGACAACCACAACUACCACCGUUGUUCGAGAAUAUUUCGAUGAACCCGAAGCCUUCGCAGAACGCCAGUCACCAGUUCCAGCAGAGAAAUCAAGCGUUCAUCAAUCUGCAGGAUCUCCAGUUCCAUCUGAGUCAGAACAUCCACAUGUGACUGAAACAACCACAACCACAACUGUCACUCGAGAAAUCUUCGAUGAACCAGAAUCUCCAGUUGCUGAACAUCAAUUCGAAAGAUCUGCGUCACCAGUUCUAUCAGAAAAAUCACAUUCAUCCGUUGCUGCUCAUCCUGAAUCACCAAUUCCAUCUGAAAAAUCAAGACCUGAAUCCCCGAUUCACGAGGAAGAACCACAUAUUAUUGAGACAACCACAACUACCACAGUUGUUCGAGAAUAUUUUGAGGAACCAGAACAAAUUUCUGAUCCUCAAUCUCCAGUUCCAUCAGAAAAAUCAAGUAUCCAACAAUCAGCUGGAUCCCCAGUUCCAUCUGAAUCUGAACAUCCACAAGUUAUUGAAACAACUACAACAACCACGGUUACUCGCGAAUAUUUCGAUGAGCCAGAAACAACUGCUCAACGAGAAUCUCCAGUUCCAUCGGAGAAAUCAAAUAUUCGCGAAUCUGAUAGAUCACCAAUUCCAUCCGAUGAUUUCCGAAGCGAAUCUGCUCAUAUCAUCGAAUCUGAAGCGCCAGAACAGUUCGAAGAAGAACCAAAAUAUGACGAGUUGACAGAACAACAACCAACUGAAUUCCAAAGAUAUGAAGAUGAUUAUUCUCGAGAAGCUCAAUCCUCGCCAGUUCCAUCUCAUACAGAAACAUCAGAAGACUUCCAACACGAUGUUCUUCGAGAAAUUCCAACUAUUGAAGAACACCUUCAUCAACAUCAAAUAUCUUCAGAUGAUCAAGAUCAAUCCGAACCAAUUAUUUCUGGAGUUCUAGCAGAUGGAACCCCAAUUAUCAGUGGAUCAACUGGAGGAUCACGCGAAAAUUUGAGCAAACAAUUCGAAGAUGUUCAUCCAACAGAAUCUACCGAUUUCACACAACAUCAAUUGAGCUCACCAGAAGCUGAAAAACCACAAGAUUUCUCUUCUGAAAUUCACGAAGAAUCCGAGAGACCUGUUGGAUUCACACAACAUCAAGAAUAUCCAGAGGAGCCAGAAGAAUCCAAAUUCGGAGAUAAACUUCUUGGAUUCGCAAAGAAAGCUGGAAUGGUUGCUGGUGGAGUUAUUGCAGCUCCAGUUGCUCUUGCUGCCAUCGGAGCCAAGACUGCCUAUGAUAAAUUAAAGCGAGAUUCUGAUGAUGAAGAAGAUCAAGGUGAAUCAUCUCGAUUCAGCCAACACGAAAUCGAAUCGAUUCAUGAACAACCAUCUCAUUUCGAUCAAUAUCAAACCGAAAUUCAAGCCGAACAAGUUCCAUUAUCUCCUCCUCGCGAGCAAGCUCCAAUAUUACCAGCUGAAUUCAAAAGACCAUCUCCAACCACCUCAGAAUCUUUCCUUCCAGAAAAAGUGGCACAUUCUUCAGAAGAGUCUAGUGAGGACGAAAUCGAAACAACUGCUGAACCAUCCAGUCAAUAUGAAGCUGAGCCAGAAUCGCCAGUUGCUGAACAAAGAUCUGCGUCGCCAGUUCCAUCAGAAAAAUCGCAAUCAUCGAUUUCUGCUCGAGUUGAAUCUCCAGUUCCAUCAGAGAAAUCCAGUAUUCAACAAUCUGCAGGAUCUCCAAUUCCAUCGGAGAAAUCCACAGAAGUUCAUGAGGAAGAACCACAUAUUGUUCAAACAACCACAACUACCACCGUUGUUCGUGAAUACUUCGACGAACCAGAAGCUUUCGCACAACGCCAGUCACCAGUACCAUCGGAGAAAUCAAGCGUUGAUCAAUCUGCAGGAUCCCCAGUUCCAUCAGAAUCAGAACAUCCACACGUGGUUGAAACAACAACAACCACAACUGUAACUCGUGAAAUUUUCGACGAACAAGCUUCUGAUAGACAAUCACCAGUUCCUUCGGAAAAAUCCAGUAUCCAGCAAUCAGCUGGAUCUCCAAUUCCAUCAGAGAAAUCAGGCCACGAUGAUGAAUCACAUAUUAUUGAGACAACAACAACUACCAGCGUUGUUCGAGAAUAUUUCGACGAAUCAGAACCACUAACCACAGAUCAAAGAGAAUCUCCAGUUCCAUCAGAGAAACAAUCUGCAGAUUCCCCGAUUCCAUCUGAAUCCGAACCAUAUCUCACUGAAACAACAACUACUACGACAGUGACUCGGGAAGCCGCUGAAAAUUCUGCAGACGAUGAACCAGUUCCAGACUUUAUCGAAACAACCACCACAACAGUUAGAAGAGAAGUUGAGGAACAAGACGAUGAUAGUGCACAUGUUAUUGAAACAACCACUACAACAACAUUCUCUCAUCAAGAAGGAUCUGAUGAUUUUCCAGUAACAACUUCCACCGUUGUUCGAGAAUAUGAUGAAGAACCUGAACCAACCGAAAAAUCAACACUUUUGCGGUCUGACGAGGAAGAAGAGCCAACUGAAUCAUCCAAACUUUCGAGUUCUCACGAAGAAAAAUCUGAAGCCGAUGCACCAUACGUUAUUGAAUCUUCCGAGUUCAUCAGUCAAUCACCAAUUCAACAACGUGAUUCAAUUUCUGAAGAAAGCCACCAUAUUCCAAGAGAAGAAGAUGAUUAUGAGAAAACAUCUGAACAUGAUUCAAUUUCCGAAGAACAUCCACACGUUAUUGAAUCAUCCGAGUUUAGACAAGAACCAUCACAAGUUCCUCAUUUUGAGCGAGAAUCUGAAGAACACAUAAUCGAAUCGGAAGAAUAUCAAUCAGAAGAUGUUCGUCGUGAAGAGCAACAUCAAUUAAGCUCACCAGAAGCUGAAAAACCACAAGAUUUCUCUUCUGAAAUUCACGAAGAAUCCGAGAGACCUGUUGGAUUCACACAACAUCAAGAAUAUCCAGAAGAACCAGAAGAGUCCAAGUUCGGAGACAAACUUCUUGGAUUCGCAAAGAAAGCUGGAAUGGUUGCUGGUGGAGUUAUUGCAGCUCCAGUUGCUCUUGCUGCCAUCGGAGCCAAGACUGCUUAUGAUAAAUUGAAACGAGAUUCUGAUGAUGAAGAAGAUCAAGGUGAACCAUCGCAAUAUCUUCAAGACCAACCAUCGGAAAAAUUCGAAACACGAAUUCAAGAUUCUCCAACUUCUCAAGAAUAUGAGAUAAUUGAAGAGCCACAUAUCAUCGAAUCGGAAGAUUAUAGUCAUCCAGAACACGACGAAGAACGCGUUUCAAGUCCAGUUUUGUCAGUCGAUGAACAACCAGAAAACUUUGCUGAACAACCAACUGACAUCGAAGAAUCUCAUAUCAUUGAAUCGCGAGAAUAUGAUUCACCACACGAUGAAGAACAAGUCUCGAGCCCAACUCAUUCCGAGGAACAAAAUCCAGCUGAAAGAACCGCAAAUCAAUUGGUCUCCCAUGUUUUCGAUCCACUCGAUCAACACAUUCGAGAAUAUUCCAGAGAACAUUCGCCACAACAUAAGAAAAGUGUUGAGGAAUUGACAUCGGAGGCUUUCGAGAAUGUUCAAAAAGUUAGCUAUGAGCAAGAACAAGAAGAUCAAGAGGAUGACUGGAAAGUUUAUGAUAAACAUGGAGAAGUUCUUGAAGAAUUCUCGACACAAUUAACUGAUGAUGUUAUUCAAGAAGCCGAAGGUGAUGCAAGUCAAAUUAUGGCCGAUGUUACACCAAGACGUCAAAAGUUUUUGAAACAAGAAUCAUGUCAAGAAGUUACUAAUGAACCUGAAGUCGAUUAUUAUUCUGAUCUUCAAGAAAAAUUGAAUAUUUUGGCUAAUGAAGGAAAUCUUCGAACUUUGCAAGAAGAAGAACCAUCAACAACCACAACACUUUCGGAUCAAUUAGAUGUGAUUCAUGAAAGUGAGGGAAAUGAGGAGGAAGACGAGGAAGAGGAUGAAGCUGCUAGAAGAGCUGCAACUGAUUUAGUUGACGAUGUUAUGAGACAAGUAUUACAAGAAAAUGAUGACGAACAAAAAACUGUUACAUCAGAUGUUUAUCAAACUGCAACCGAACAAUCAAAAGAUGAUCAAUACGAUACUUGUGUAACAUCUCAAGAAGACAACUAUGAUUCUGCGCAAGGAUGGACAUCUCAAGAUUCGGAAUAUACUUCAGCUGCAAGUGGAGCACCAAGCAGAUUGAGCGAUAAUGCAGAUCGACAAGAAACUUCUACCCCGCAAGCUGUUUUAUCACCAGUUGAUUCGGAUAGACAUUUUACAGUUUCACAGGAUUUUGAAAUGCCAGUUAUUCGAGCAUUCGACAUUGAUAUCGACACAGCGAGAUCGACACCAGAUGUUGCUUUACAAGUGACAAUUGAAGAAGAGGAUGAAUCAGAUGAUAAACUUCCAAUCAGCCCAAGUGGAGUUCUGCUGCCACCAACUGCAGAUCCAGGCCGUCCAGUAUCACCAGUGCCACCAAGAAAGAAUGAGGAACAAUUUGUAUUUGUUCAGCAAGAAACACCGCCAGUGGCGGAGAGCCUUGAAAAAGGUAUGACUACUAGCAUCCAUGGUAUAUCUAUGGAGGCAUCGUCCGAAGACACCAGCGAUUCACGUUACUCGCGACAACUCUCGGACAUUUCGUCGGAAAGUCAUGCUGAUACGGUUAUACAAAAUGUUGAUUUCGAACAAGGACAAACACUAUCUGGAUCAAGUGAUUCGAUUGAUGCGGCUGGAAGUGGAAGUGCAUCGUCAGUUAUUAUUAGAGGACCUGGAGAAGUUUCAACACCGGAAGAUUUGAGUGCUAGAAGUGAGAAACCAGUGUACGAAGAAGCUGAAGAUCAAACUGCUGAACAACUCGGUUAUGAAGUUUAUCAAGAUGAUCAACCACAUUCUGAAGAACUUGAAACAGUUGAAGAAGAACCCGAAGAUAUUGACGAUUCAUUGAAUGGAACUGGAAGUGGAAAUUCACCACAUGGAUCACUUGGAAAAUAUAAACAUACGUCAAGUGACAAUUUAUCAUUGACAAGUUUGCAAGAAUUUGAGAGAUUGGAACGAGAACUUGGAACACGAGGUGAUGGAAGUUUGACUCGAAGUGAAAUCGAAUUAUUAAUGGCUGGAAAAAUGAGUAAAUCUGGAGAAGGAUCGAUUAGUUCGUUAGCCGAAUUUGAGAGAUUAGAAAAAGAAGUCACCGAAAACAUCUCACCAACUGAGGAAAUGAUGUUGUCUCUAAUCAAAGAAGAAUCCGAAACCGAAGAUAUGAGCACACGAGAUGACGAUGAAGAAGUUGAUGUUGAUGUUGAUACCGAAGAAUUGAAAAGUAUUCCAGUUGAUGAGAGAGUCACAACACCGAUUGCCCCACCUUCACCAACUGAUUCUUUGGAGCAACAACAGCAACAUCUAACUGCUGAACAAGCAAUGUAUUUGGAAACAAGUACAGAUUCUUUAGAACCUUUAGUUGAGCAAAGAAGACUUGAUGAUGAUGAGAAAAGACCAGAUAGUACAGCAGCAGAAUAUGAAAUUGUGUCAAAAGUUAUGGAAACAAGUGUAGCCGAUUCUCUAGAUGGUGGAAUUCCAAUAGAUAAGGUAAGUCAUAAACUGUAUUCCUAAACUUUAUUUCUAACAAUAAAAUUAUAGGAUUCGGUGCUCGAAGGUGCUAGCCAAGGUCCAGAAAGUCAAUCAACUCAUGGACUUUUGAGCGGCGACACAAUCGGAACUCUAGCUGAAGAAGAUGACAAGGAUUCUUUGGACGAUGAUAUGGAUCGAAUGUUGCGAUCAUAUCCAACAACUUUGACAACAUUCCAAACAACUUCCGUUUUGCCGGAUGGAAGUGUGCAAACUAUUUCGAGACGUGUUGAGACAAGGGUGAGUUAUUGAAGUAUAAAACUGAACAAAAAUCGGAAACUUAAAUCAAGAGCCACCAAAGUUCACAAAAAAAAAUUCUUAUUAUCGAAAAUCUCAUCGGUACCACCCGCUCCACCGAAAUAAACACGCAACGCAGACCGCGUCGCGCCACAACACACACAAAUAAGGGAACGAUUCAAAUUCCCUCCAUUUUUGUGUGUGUUGUGGCGCGACGCGGUCUGCGUUGCGUGUUUAUUUCGGUGGAGCGCGUGGUACCGAUGAGAUUUUCGAUAAUAACUCUUGUGAUUUUUUAGGUCACCGAUCCAUUGGUUAGCCACGUCACAUUCACCGGCACAGAAAGUCAAGAACGUCUCGAUCAACUGCCAGAUGAUGAACAAUUCGAGACAGUCGACGCUGAAGGAAAUGUAACACGAACAACAUUCCGAAGACAACAACAAAAUCAAUUCUAAAUUGAUACAAGAAAAAAACCUUUUUUUUAAUUGUGAGUUCUGAAUCUCCUUCGAGAAUAUUCAAAAAUUCCCAAAUUCCAGAUAUUUUGCCGUAAUUGCUUUUCUAGUUCCAAACAAAAACCAAAAAACAUUCCGGAUGUCAAAAAAUCGCAAUUGGUUGCCCCCCGUCAAAUCUCGCCCCAAGAUUUUUUGCCGAUUCGAAAUUUUCUCAUCCCCCACAAAGAGCUUUACUUUAAUUAUUUGUGA